AUGAGUCACGAGCAACCACAGAUCGAUGAUCAAGUUACCGAAACACCACAAAUUCCAGGAUUGCCGUCUCUGAAGGCUCAGCUUAAAGCUAAACAAGAGGUGUUCGAUUCGCUUCUCAAGCAAGCGACGAAGCAGAUGCUUCAGAGUUGUGUGAAUGGGUCUUCAUUCGAAGACAUGAGAAAAUUCGUCCAGAAGACUCAAGAGAAUCUGGUUAAUAUGUUGGUCUUCAAGCAGCAAGCCGAUGAAGAGGCAUGCAGCCUCGUAAACACUGCAAUCAACAAAACAAUUGUCGUGGAAGAAGAGAAAAAGUUGGUUCUCGUCGAGAACGAAAAAUUGAGGGAGAAACACACGGAUCUUUUCAAAAAGAGUGAAGCCCUGGAAAAGAAAAACAGAGAGCUCACUGAGAACUUUAAGAACGGAGUUCAGUGUCUCCGGACCGAGCUCCUGGAGGCCAGUAAGAAAGACGUAAAAGCAGCGAACGAACGCCAUGAGAAGCUGGAGACAGCACUCAAAAAAUGCUGGAAGACAUGCUCAGGAGAAGAGGAUGAACCAGCGUCCAAGAAAAUGAAGACGGAGGAAUAA